GUCGUUCCUGCGGCGGGCUUAAGUUGGAGCUGCCACCUCGCAUGUGCGACAAGACAAGUUGCAUUCCCGGAACAACGACAUUGGCACAAGCAAGUCCUCAACUUAACAUAGAAGGCCGUACUACAUAGACUUGUCUUGCGAUUCGUUUGCGAUCAAAACCACCCAAUUUAGUAAACAACACAACCCCCACCAUGGACGAAGACAAGGCCAAGGCCGAGAAGAUGGCUGCGGCCAAGAAGAAGUUCGAUCAAAUGCGAAAAGCAAAGGCCAAAAAGGCCGGAGGCGGCAGCAAGAAAGGGGGUGAAGCUGCGAACCCCGCCCCCGCCACCGAAGAGACCCCCUCGUCGCCAGCAACCCCGACUGCCACGGAUGCGCCCGAGAAGGACGACAAGGAGGGACAACAGGAGCAGGAAAAGCCGACCGAGGCGUUCCCCUCCGUCCCGGAAGACACCACCGCCGAAGCGGUUUCCACGUCUACUACACCCUCGCUCUCGCAACAAUCAAAGGCGCGAUCAACCUCGUUUAGGCAGGGGUCUGUCUCCCUCUCUAGCGGCGCGCCGUUAUCGCCCGGCGCCGGCACAGGACUGGGAUUGUUCAGCCCUGAAGGCGAGACGGCGCCGGACAUUUACCGGAAACAUGUGUUGCGCAUCGAGGAGCUUGAGAAGGAGAACAGGACGCUGGCGAAGGACGCGAAGGAUGCGGAGAAGCGAUGGCAGAAGGCCGAGGGGGAGUUGGCAGAUCUGAGGGAGGGCGAGGGCGAGGGUACCGCUGCUGCGGAAGGGGGAGGCGAGGUGGGAAAGUUGAAAAGCGAUCUCGCCGCCCUCCAACGCCAAAACGCCCAGCUCCAAGCCCAGGUCACCCGCCGCCACGGCGCCUCCCCCUCCCUCUCCAUGACCGCCCCGCCCGCCACCACCGAGCUCGAAGCCCAACUCCGCAGCAAGUCCGCCACCAUCGAAACCAUGGAACUCGAGAUGUCACGGCUACGUGCCCAAGUCGAGCGGCUCUCCGUCUCAGCAUCCACCCCAUCGGAGCAAAUCACCGCCCUGGAAGAAAAGCUCGCGCGCGCGGAGCAGGCGGCCGGCUUCGCGCAGCGCGAGCUGCACGACGUCAAGGCGGAGCUGGAGCAGGCGUCGAAGAGGGCGGUCAAGGAGGGCUCGUCGCGGGCGUCGGCCGAGACGCAGCUGCGGGCGCUCGAGCAGGCCGCGGCCGACGCGUCCGCCGCCCGCGACGACCUCGCCCGCAAGGCCGAGGCGCUCGAGAAGAAGGCCGCCACCCUGACCACGCUGCACCGCGAGCAGGACGGCCGCGUCCAGGCCCUGCGCCGGGAGAAGGAGCGCGCCGAGAAGGAGGUUGUCGAGGUGCGUGCGAAGUUGGAGAGGGUGGAGGCGGAGAAUGUGAGGCUGCGGAAGAAGGAUGCGGCCGAGGGUGGCGGGGAUGAUGAGGGUGUGGAUGAGCUCGAGGAUGAGGGCCGGCUGAGGCUGGAGCGGAGGGUGCGGGAGCUGGAGGCGGAGAAUACGGAGCUGAGGGGCGGGAUUUGGCGGGAGAAGAGGCGCGAGAUGCAGGUCGGGCCUGAUGAGGCUAUGGCCGCCGCCGCCGCGGGUGGUGGGGUGGGAGGGAGGUUUGAGACGGUUGAUCUGGGUGGUGGUGGUGGUGGUGGUGGCAUGGGGUCGCCGCCGAGGAAGGGCGGGGCGGCUGGGUUGGGGGAUUUCUUUACCAGUGGGCUGAAUGCGCUGACUGGCGCCGGCGCCGGCGCCGGCGGGCCUGGGGGUGCACAUGGACAAGGACAUGGUUAUGGACACGGACAUGGGCAUGAUGAGGGGUUGUUGGAAGAUGACGAUAUGGAGUUUGACGAGGAGGCGUUCCGGCGGGCGCAGGAGGAGGAACAAAAGAAGAGGAUUGAGAGGAUCAAAGAGAUCAAGCGGUCGUUGAAGAACUGGGAGGGGUGGCGGCUGGAUUUGGUGGAGAACCGGAGGGGCGGGGGAGAAGGGAUUGGAGAGAUCUUUGAGGUUUGAGUGCCUGUUAGGGUGGGCGUUGGUGGUUAGAGGUGACUGUGCUCUUAGAAAGAAUACCAUCUCAUUGCGUCCUCUUUGCCGGCUUUGCUUACACUUGCAGCAAUCGUUUGUCGACUUAGUUUGCUUUUGUCCACAUGUGGACUAGAAAGGAUAUUUGUGUGCAUCAAGCAAGCGCUUU